AUGCGUUUUGUGAUUAAUAUUGACAAUGGCACUGAAGGUCAAAAUAUAGACUGCAUUGGUGAUGUUGAACUAGGGUUAAGGGAAUCGAAUCAAAAUUUAAGAGGAAUUAAUAUUUCUGUCAAUGAAGGCAAUAAAAAACUUAUUAAUGAAAAAAUAAAACCAUCUAAUGAUAAAUUGGAAGAAGAAAUCUUAAAUAGUGAAAAGAGAAAAGUUUACAGUUUUCGAUUUAUUUUGUUAUUAUUGUCAUUUAUAAAGUCUUCCAUCAACAAAACUAAAUUAUUUUGGAUUGUAGCAAUUUAUACUUUAAUUGGAGCAAAUUUGUUUAUGUGGUUAGAAAUACCUUCAGAUUUGGAAAUUAGGGAAGAAGCAAGGGAUUAUCAUCUGAUGGCCAGAGAUUCACUUCUCUUCAAAGUAAAUCAAAUUCAUCAAACAAGACAAAUAUUAGAAAAAAAUCAACACUGGAAACAAGCUAUUAUUGAAUUUGAAGAAGCAAUUGAAUGUGAAUUACCUCAAAUUGAAACACAAUGGACUUUUUGGAUCAAUUCUUUAUUGUGCUACAAUAUAUACAACAGUAGGUUAUGGCAACAUUGCGUGUAUUACUUUUUCUGGACGUAUUGUUACUAUUAUUUAUGCAAUAUGUGGAAUUCCAAUGAGUAUCUUUUUGAAUUUUUUUUUUAAAUUUUUUAUAACCUCUGAUCCCGGACCCGGCUCAGGAACAUUUAAAUCA